AUGACAGACAAAGAAGCCGAAAACUAUGAUGAGGCAGCAGAAGAAAGAGUUAUCAAUGAAGAAUACAAAAUAUGGAAGAAGAACACACCAUUCCUCUAUGACUUGGUUAUGACACAUGCCCUUGAGUGGCCCAGUCUGACUGUCCAGUGGUUAGCUGAUGUGACCAGGCCAGAAGGAAAAGACUACUCUCUGCAUAGGCUGAUUCUGGGAACUCAUACGUCCGACGAACAAAAUCAUCUCUUGAUAGCCAGCGUUCAGUUACCAAAUGAUGAUGCUCAGUUUGAUGCUUCACAUUAUGACAGUGACAAAGGUGAAUUUGGCGGGUUCGGAUCAGUCAGUGGCAAAAUUGAAAUUGAAAUUAAAAUCAACCAUGAAGGGGAAGUAAAUAGGGCCCGCUACAUGCCACAGAACCCCUGCAUUAUUGCAACGAAGACACCAUCGAGUGAUGUUCUAGUAUUCGAUUACACAAAGCAUCCAUCGAAGCCAGAUCCCAGCGGAGAGUGUAUCCCAGAGCUUCGCUUGAAAGGCCACCAGAAGGAGGGAUAUGGUUUGUCUUGGAAUCCAAAUCUGAGUGGACACUUGCUGAGUGCAUCAGAUGAUCAUACAAUUUGCUUGUGGGAUGUGAAUGCAACUCAACGACAAGAGCGUGUUGUUGAUGCCAUGACAGUUUUCACAGGACAUACGUCUGUAGUUGAGGAUGUGGCUUGGCACUUACUUCAUGAAAGUCUUUUUGGAUCUGUGGCAGAUGAUCAGAAGCUUAUGAUCUGGGACACACGAUCAAACAAUACAAACAAGCCAAGCCAUACGGUGGAUGCUCAUGCUGCAGAAGUGAACUGCCUCUCUUUCAACCCUUACAGCGAGUUUAUUCUGGCCACAGGAUCAGCAGAUAAGACUGUUGCAUUAUGGGAUCUGAGGAACCUGAAGUUAAAACUUCAUUCUUUUGAGUCACACAAGGAUGAAAUUUUCCAGGUCCAAUGGUCACCACACAAUGAAACAAUCCUUGCUUCAAGUGGAACAGACAGGCGACUUCAUGUCUGGGACCUCAGCAAAAUAGGAGAGGAACAGUUACCCGAAGAUGCAGAAGAUGGUCCACCAGAGCUAUUAUUUAUUCAUGGCGGCCAUACAGCUAAAAUCUCUGACUUCUCAUGGAACCCCAACGAACCUUGGGUCAUCUGUUCAGUGUCCGAGGACAAUAUCAUGCAAGUGUGGCAGAUGGCUGAGAACAUCUACAAUGAUGAGGAGCCUGAGCAACCAGUAGGAGAACUGGAGGCUGCAGCAUCGUAA